AUGAAGUUUUCCACUGCCACCAUCGCCCUCCUGGCCGCCGCUGUGUCCGCCGCCCCCGUCGACAAGCGCGCCACCGGCAGCACUAUCAGCGAGCUCGACCAGGGCGGCUGCCGUCCUUACAUCUUCUUCCACGCCCGCGGCACCGGCCAGGCCGGCAAUGUCGGUCAAGACCCCGGCCCGCAAGCCAUCGACGCUGUCAAGGCGGCCCUCGGCGACGCCAACGUCGCUGGCCAGGGCGUGCCCUACUCGGCCUCUAUCCUGGGCAACCUGGCCUCCGGCGGCGUCCCGUCCAAGGAGGCCAAGGCCUUCGCCGCGCAGAUCACGGCCGCGACGACCCAGUGCCCGGACUCCAAGAUCUUCCUGGGCGGCUACUCGCAGGGCGCAGCCCUGAUCCACCGCGCUGUCGAGCAGCUCUCGGCCACCGCGCGCGCCCAGAUCGCCGCCGCCGUCACCUGGGGCGACUCCCAGAACAAGCAGGACGGCGGCAAGAUCCCAACCCUCGACCCCAGCAAGACGCUCAUCAUCUGCCGCAGCGGCGACCUCAUCUGCCAGGGCACCAUCCUCAUCACCUCCGCGCACCAGGACUACUCGCCGCUCGCAGGCCAGGGUGCUGCCUUCAUGGUCAGCAAGGCCUAA